CCAAGACGAGAGAGUCGAUAGAGGCAUUGCGGCUGGCCAUCUUACACACCUUUACCUUGGUAUCCUCCCCACCAACCUUCCUCCUUCAACCCAUUCUCAUCCUCUUGAUCGAGCGCGCGUCGCCUGCGUCGCCUCUCAUCUGCAAAGCGACAGCCAGAGCUCGAGGAGAUCAGCUCCUCGGCGGCGGUGGUGAGAGCAUUACUUGAAGCGGCUCAGCAGCAGCAGCAGCAGCAGCCUCUGCGAUCUGGCAUCGAGCCCAUCUUCAUCCUCUUUGAUAUCUUGGGUCGCUCUCGCUGCCACUGCGUAUCGCUGCGAUGGCUUCUACGGGUAGCCACCACCACGACAGCCAGCAUAUAACCAACAUGGUUGGCGGAGGGGGAGGAGCCGGGAGUAGCGCACCAGAUGCUGCUGCUGCAGGUGCCAGCAGGCAAGCAGGGUCGCCCAGCUACCACGCAGCAUCCUAUCAUCACCGACAGCAACUGCGCUCACCCUUGGCUCCUGGGCCUUCGUCCACCAACGCAGGCGUGGGCUCAUUAGGCUUCGAUCACCUCUCAGCGACGCCCAAUGCCUCCUCCUUUGGCUACGACCAUCACCUCUCUGCAGGAUCAGGAGCAGCUGGACCGUCCAAAGACUCGCUCGCCCGCUCCCUAUCAUUAGCCUACGGCUCGUCAGAUACGAUGCCGCAUUCGACAGGGUACCAGCAACAUCAGACGCUGUCCCCAGGCGCAGCACCGAGUCCAUCAUCGCAUACGUCGCCCUACUCGCCCAUGCAUCCCAAUCACUUCAUGCCCAGCAACACACCGAUGGCCUCAUCCUCGUACAUGGCUCAAGACGCGCCCUCGUCAUCAUCGCGAAACGCUGUACAAAGGGACAGCUUGCUCCCUACCGUCAACACCCACACCGGCGGCUAUCAGUCGUACGCGUCUGGCCCGCGAUCUCCCAUGAACCCUCACACCGGUGCGAGCGCAUCACGGUCUCCGCGCACAUCCAUGGCGCUGGGAGCGCCCCCGUAUCUUUCAUACGAGAACAAAGAUCACGGUAUGGGCUACGCAGCUGGUAGUGGGCAGCAGCAGGGAUCGGGACGAGUGAGAGACUUCAGCGUCGAGAUUGGCGACCUUGGUGCAGGAAGACUGAGCGGCGAUUACGGUGGUCAGAUGAGCGCAGGAACGCGGGACUCAUUGCCAUAUUCGUACUCUUCGCAACCGCCGAGAGCACGGACGACAUCGACGACUGGGCCAGCGUUUGGAGGCUCUACGGCUGGGCCGCCGCCGAUGAGAAGACAAGUCUUGGAUGGACAGCAGCAGCAGCAGCAACAGGUCAGCUCUGAGCUGUCGCGGCGAGCAUCAACUAGCAGAGCGGUUCCGCCUGCCCCGCCAGUGAUCAAGGAGCAAGGGCUGCGUAGAGUGAGGGACGUCAGUGACUUGCGACCAAAGCUGGACCCAGCUCAAGCCGCCCUCUCGAGAAGAGCGGACCCCUCAGGCGGCUUUGUCAGUCCACUCAAGGCGAUGACGUCGUACCUUCACCACACCUACCACCUCGUGAACCCUUCCUUCAUCUAUGAGCUCUCCUUCAAUCCAAGAAGAGUGCUCACGAAGCCGAGCAAGCCCAUGCAUAAUCACGGGCACGACAACGAGGACAGCGACUACAUACUCUACGUCAAUGAUUGGCUGGGCAGCGAGGAAGGUAAUCGCUACCUGAUUCUUGAUAUUCUUGGACAGGGAACGUUCGGGCAGGUGGUCAAGUGUCAGAACAUGAGGACGCAUGAGAUUGUGGCAGUCAAGGUUAUCAAGAAUAAGCCGGCAUACUACAAGCAGAGUAUCAUGGAGGUGACAAUUCUCGAAAACCUCAACGCUAACUGGGAUCCCGAAGACAAGCACCACAUUCUGCGCCUGCGCGACACAUUCAUCCACGCGGAGCACCUCUGCCUCGUCUUCGAGCUUCUCUCGUCGAACCUGUACGAGCUCAUCAAGCAGAACUCUUUCAAGGGUCUCAGCACUAGCCUCGUGCGGGUCUUCACCACGCAGCUCCUCGACUCGCUGACUGUCCUCAACGAAGCACGGCUAAUUCACUGCGACCUCAAGCCGGAGAACAUCCUGCUUCGCACCCUCCAAGAGCCCUCGAUCAAGCUCGUCGACUUCGGCUCUGCCUGCCACGAGAAGCAGACCGUCUACACAUAUAUCCAGUCGCGCUUCUAUCGCUCGCCCGAGGUCCUGCUCGGCCUGCCCUACAACUCGGCGAUCGACAUGUGGUCCUUAGGCUGCAUCGCUGUGGAGCUCUUCCUUGGCCUCCCUCUUUUCCCCGGCACAUCAGAGUACAACCAAGUCUGCCGCAUUGUCGAGAUGCUUGGUCUGCCUCCAGCCUUCAUGCUGGAGCAAGGCAAGCAGACUACUGACUUCUUCAACGUCUUCACCGACGAGUACGGCCGCAAGACCUACCGCCUCAAGUCUCGAGAGCAAUACAUGAAGGAGCAUAACCCGAACGAAGUGCCGAGCAAGAAGUACUUUGUCGCCACGACGCUGCCAGAGAUUGUGAAGACAUACCCCCUCUCACGCAAGAGCGGCAAGCCAGCAGACGCGCAAAAGGAGAUGGCGAAUCGCGCUUCCUUUGUAGACUUCGUGAGUGGCCUACUCAACAUGGAUCCUCACGAGCGUUGGACUCCGCAGCAGGCGAAGUUGCAUCCCUUCAUUACGGGGGAGAAGUUCGUCAAGCCCUUCAAGCCGCCACGUCUAUCCCCGCAGGUGGGCGUCAGUCGGUCAAAGAGCGACGCAGGAAAUGCGAACAAGCAUCAGUUCGGCGGCCUCCAGACCACUGCGAGCUCAAGUCGGCAGUCAGGUCCGAGAGCCUACCACGAUGCAGCGGCGUAUAAUCAACACCUCGCACAACAGCAGGCUUACAACUCUGCGGCGGCACGGCAAGGUCAGGCAGCUAUGGCUGUCAGCCACAAUCCGUACGCAGCGCCCGGGACGACGGUGCAAGACCAAGCCAAAGCAGCCCAUGCCGCUGCUGCGGCCAACGCGGCAGCUCAGGCCCAAGCCCAGGCACAAGCUCAACACGCUCAAGCUCACGCGGCAGCGCAAGCCCAGAUCCAGGCGCAGCUGCAGGCUCAGCAGGCUGCCCAGGCUCAUGCGGCUAUGAGUGGAUAUGGUGGACCUCUACCUGGGCUGACGGGGAGCGCUGGUGCAGCGGCCGGGGCGAGGGGAGGCAGGCCGCGAAGCAAUACGCAGAGCAUCUCUGGCGCUACAGCAGCCGCAGCUAUGGCUCAGGCUCAGGCGGCUGCCAACAAGGCCAACCUCGGCAUCGGGUCCCCGCCAGGUCCCGGUGGCUUGAUGACUGCAUCCGCCAUGUCCAUGUCCCCUUCCGGCCGGGAAGAGUGGGAACGUCGUCAGGCAUCCUCGUCUUCUCAGCAGUUUGACCUUCUCGAGGCAGGCGGAGGCGGAGCUGGAGGUCAAUGGGGUCAGGGUGGAGGAAAUCGAUGGAUGUCGCCCCCUCAGCAACAAGGCUCACGUUCCCCAUACGCCUCGCCGCGUCAGACGUCAUCAACACCUGCGAGGCAGUACCACUCGCCAAGUGGGCAGCCUUCUUCCUCCUCGUCGGGUGGAGGCGCAGGCAGUGGCUUCUCAGUAGUCGUAGAGCCGCACCACCAUCAGCAGCAAGGCAGCGGCGGCUCCACCGGGCACGGCGCAUCCUCGCAGCUCCCCAAUCCGCAUGAUGCUCCACGCGCACCUUCCUCCUCUCUCGCGCCGCAGCAGCAGCAGCAGCAGCAGCAGCAACAGCGAUACAUGUCCACCUCCCCCUCCGGCGGUAGCGGCGGCCUACCACCAUUCGACGCAUUCGCCGACUCAUUGACCUUAGGCAUGGGUCAGCCAAGCAUCGCGCAGCUCAUGCCUGCAUUGAAACCGCAGCAGUACCACGCUCAGCAGUCGCACCACUUCGGUGGACAGGGGCAGGGAAGCGGGUUGCUGCCUUCACAUCAAGGUGGCGGUGGAGGUGGUGGGCAGAGACAUUCGAUGAUCCUUCCAACUACCUCGCAGGGCUCUGCAAGGAUGAGCCCUUACCUUCAGCAGCAGCAGCAGCAGCAUGGGCAGCAGCAGCAGCAGAGUCCUUUGAUACCUGGCGGCUUCCCCUCGUCGAGCGGUGCGGGUGGAAGGGGGACUACUUCGCCGUAUCCUGAAGGUCAGAGCAGGAGGUACUCGCAUCAGCAAGGCUUCCAAUGAGAAGAUCAGCGGCUGGUGGCGGAUUGAGGGCUGGCGAUGCGGUAGCUCUCGCGAUGUGAUGAUCAAGAGGUCGGUAGAGAAGCGAAAGAGUGCAAAGCAGCAGAGGAGCAGUCACGUUGCCUCGCAGGAUAUCUCGUCUCGUUCUUCCUCAUCUCCUCCUCUUCCAGCCUAGCAUCCUUGUACAUGGAUCACCUCGAGGUAUGACCACGACGUUGACGUUGACGAUGACCAGCAGCAAUGCAGAAUGACCAUUUAUGCCUUGGACCGUACUGCAAAACUGGUCUGGAGACGUGCGUGAGUUCAUCUCUUGCUUCGCAUUGGCCCUCUACGGUACGAGCAUCAUCGCUGAGCCGCUUCACUCAAUCAUAGGAAGACGACAUGGAAUUGAGAGUGACGACUGAAGAAGCAUUGACGAAGGAAAAAGUCAAGGUCGCCCACACUUCCCUAC